CUGAGUCAGAGACACGGCGGGCGGACCAGCAGCCACCGAGAGAGAGAGAGGGAGAGGGAGAGAGAGACACACACACACACAGGCAGAGAAGCCGCGGAGCCCGCUCAACCUCCGCUGUCGGAGACCGAGGACGAGCCCAGGGACCGCGAGCCCAGGGACCGCAACCCCAGCGCAGGGUCGCCGCGGAGAGCACCUUUCCCGGGGAGCGAAGGGUCCUUUGUAGCACCCCCCCUCUCUAUCCUGGAAAAAUCCCAACGCGCCACGCUUUGCCUUUUGCUUCCCUCCCCCCUCUGUCUCUCCUUCCCAGGCUCCAAACAAACAACAGGGGUAAAAAAAAUUCAGCUUUUAAUUAAGAAAAAUUGGGAAAGGAGGGAAGAAAAUGUUUCUUUAAAUUGUCUCAGAGAGAGAGGGCAGGAUUUCAGAUCUGCAGUUUGUGCAGGAAUUGUUUCUGUUGCUUGGAAAAAAUAUAUUUCUCUUUUUUUUCUUGUUUUUUUAAAGGAAUGGAGACUGAGGAUGGGGAGUUCCAGAACAGCUUGUGUUUGCUAAAUUUCACAAUGAGACACAGACAAGGUUGAGGAAAAAAAAGCCAAGGAAAAACAAAGGAGAUACUGUAGCAGGAAAAAAAGGGAAGAAAACAGUUUAAAUUUGCAAGAGUUACUUUUUUCCCUCCUCCAUCCCAUUUUCUUAAAAUUAAAGUACCCCCCCACCCUACCCUGGUUAAAAUUAGGGGUUCAUUAAAUCCAAAGUUUUUCCUGAUUUUUUUUGUUGUUGGGGGUUUUGUUUGACGAUUUGUUUUCGUUCGGUGGCGGAGACGGUCGGUAUGCUUUGGUGGGGUCCACAAAUGGGAACGAAGUCUGGAACAAAGAGGGGCUCCGUGACCUUGUGUUGGGGUUUGCUCGCUCUCUGCUCCUCGCUCACUCUGGGACAUACUCAUACCGAAAUAUGCAGUGGUAUGGACAUUAGAAACCAGGUGUCAGAUCUUCGGCAGCUGGAGAAUUGCACCAUCAUUGAGGGCUACCUGCAGAUCCUGCUCAUCAGCGGCAAGGCGGAAGACUUCCGUGCCCUGCGAUUCCCAAAGCUGACUGUCAUCACGGAGUACUUGCUGCUGUACCGCGUCUACGGGCUCGAGACAUUGAGGGACCUCUUCCCCAACCUCGCCGUCAUCCGUGGCGUCCGCCUUUUCUUCAACUACGCUCUGGUCAUCUUUGAAAUGACUCACCUGAAAGAGAUCGGACUGUACAGUCUCCAGAACAUCACGCGUGGCGCUGUGCGGAUUGAGAAAAACCAUGACCUCUGUUACUUAUCCACCAUUGACUGGUCCUAUAUCCUGGAUUCUGUGGAAAAUAAUUACAUUGAUCGGAAUAAACAGCAGAAUGAGUGUGGGGAUGUCUGUCCAGGAACCAUGGAGGAUCGACCACUGUGUACGAAGACCAGUGUGUACAACCAGUACAACUAUCGCUGCUGGAGUGCAAACCACUGCCAGAAAGUUUGCCCAAAAGCUUGUGGGAAGAGAUCCUGCAAUGACAAGGGGGAGUGUUGCCACAUGGAGUGCCUUGGGGGCUGUACUGCCCUCAAUGACAACAGGGCCUGCAUGGCAUGUCGGAACUACUACUACGAGGGCCAGUGCCUGGCCAGCUGUCCCCCGGGCACUUACAGGUUUGAGGGAUGGCACUGUGUAACCAAGGAAUUGUGCGCCAAGAUCCCUGUCGAGAAUCCCAAGGAGCAGUUUGCGCUGCAUGAGGGAGAAUGCACUCUCAUCUGUCCGUCAGGAUACACUCGGAAUGCCAGCAGCAUGUAUUGUACCCCCUGCGAUGGGCCUUGCCCCAAUGUCUGCCCAGUGAAGACAGAGACCAUCGAUUCUGUCACUGCUGCCCAGUACCUGAAGGGAUGUACAGUGGUUAAUGGCAACUUGAUCAUUGCAAUCCGUAGAGGAAACAACAUUGCUGCAGAGUUGGAGGCCAACCUCGGCCGGAUCGAGACCAUCACCGGAUACCUGAAAAUCCACCAUUCCUACGCCCUUGUCUCACUUUCCUUCUUCAAGAGCCUGCGGUACAUCAAUGGGGAGGAACAGCUCGAGGGGAACUACUCCUUCUACGUACUGGACAACCAGAACCUGCAGCAGCUAUGGGACUGGAGCCGUCACAACCUCACCAUCAAGCAGGGGAAGAUCUACUUUGCUUUCAACCCCAAGCUCUGUGUGUCAGAGAUCUACCGCAUGGUGGAGGUGGCUGGUGUGAAGGGGAGACAGGGCACUGCUGACAUGGAGCAAAGGACCAAUGGGGACCGAGCUUCCUGUGAAAGUCACAUCUUGAGAUUCACAAGCAAUUCUACCGCAAAGAACAAGAUAAUACUGAAGUGGGAACAUUAUCGCCCUCCAGAUUACAGGGAUCUCAUCAGUUUCAUAGUAUACUACAAGGAAGCGCCCUUUCAGAACUUGACUGAGUACGAUGGGCAGGAUGCGUGUGGCUCCAACAGCUGGAGCAUGGUGGAUGUAGAUCUCCCCCAGAGUAAGAGCCAAGAGCCAGGGGUGUACUUGUCAAAUUUAAAACCCUGGACUCAGUAUGCUAUUUUCGUCAAGGCAAUCACCCUCGCCGUCUCUGAAGAUGGCCGCAACUAUGGAGCAAAGAGUGAGAUCAUCUACAUAAAAACAAAUGCCUCGGCUCCCUCAGUUCCCCUGGAUGUGGUGUCGGUGUCCAAUUCCUCGUCGCAGCUUGUGGUCAAGUGGAAGCCUCCUGCCCUUUCGAAUGGGAACAUCACCUAUUACCUGGUGCGCUGGCAGCAACAGCCAGAGGAUGCAGAGCUUUACAAACACGACUACUGUCACAAAGGUCUGAAGCUGCCCACCAGGAUCUCAGCCACUGGGACAAUUGACCCGAUUGAUGACAAUGGUUCCAAACCGUCGGAUAAAUCUGGCCAGGGGCAGUGCUGUGCCUGCCCAAAGACCCAGGCUGAGAUCAACGCAGAAGCUGAGGAAGUAAUGUUUCAGAAGUCGUUCGAGAAUUUUCUACACAACUCCAUCUUCAUGCCCAGGCCAUUUCGCAAGCGCAGAGAUACCUUUGGAAUAGCCAACGCAUCACUCCCUGUGAAUGACACAAGUCCGCCAGAGCAGCACCAGAACAACUCCAACUCGGAAAGGAAACAAGACUACCCUUUCUAUGAGAGCAAAGUGUGGUGCAAGGACAGGACGGUGAUCUCCAACCUGCGGCAUUUCACCACCUACCGCGUCGACAUUCACGCCUGCAACCAUGAGGCUUACAAGCUUGGCUGCAGUGUUUCCACCUUUGUGUUUGCAAGGACCAUGCCCAUCGACAAAGCUGACAACAUACCCGGCCUGGUGGUUUGGGAGCCUGGCGACGAUGACACCAGCAUUUACCUCAAGUGGACGGAACCACCUAAUCCCAAUGGCCUGAUCUUGAUGUACGAAGUGAAGUACAGUCGUGGGGACAGCGAGGUACAGCAGGAGUGUGUCUCCAGGCAGCGCUAUAAGUCAAGCAACAGUGGUUGUAAGCUGGACAGACUGAGCCCCGGCAAUUAUACUGCAGAGGUGCGAGCGACCUCGCUGUCUGGGAACGGUUCCUGGACCGACCCGGUGAUGUUCUACAUUAAAGCCAAACCACCUGGUCCUGAUAACCUCAUGCAGUUAAUCAUUGCUCUGCCAAUUGCACUGCUGCUGAUGAUAAUUGGCCUGAUAUUAACACUGUACUUCUUCAACAAGAAGCGAAAUAACGACCGGCUUCCAAAUGGAGUCCUUUAUGCAUCUGUGAAUCCUGAGUACUUCAGUGCUGCUGACAUGUAUGUGCCAGAUGAGUGGGAGGUCCCACGAGAGAAGAUUACCAUGUGCCGUGAGCUGGGCCAAGGGUCCUUUGGGAUGGUGUACGAGGGAAUCGCCAAGGGCGUGGUGAAGGGGGAUGUGGAGACGAGAGUUGCCAUCAAAACGGUGAACGAGUCGGCCAGCAUGCGCGAGCGCAUCGAGUUCCUCAACGAGGCGUCGGUGAUGAAGGAGUUCAAUUGCCAUCAUGUGGUCCGCCUGCUUGGUGUUGUGUCCCAGGGGCAGCCCACCUUGGUGAUCAUGGAGCUGAUGACUCGUGGGGACCUGAAGAGCUAUCUGCGCUCACUGCGGCCAGACGCUGAGAAUAACCCAGGCCAGCCACCACCCACCCUGAAGAAGAUGACCCAGAUGGCAGGAGAGAUUGCUGAUGGCAUGUCUUACCUGAAUGCUAACAAGUUUGUUCACCGAGAUUUAGCUGCUCGAAACUGUAUGGUGGCAGAGGAUUAUACUGUAAAGAUUGGAGAUUUUGGAAUGACACGUGAUAUCUAUGAGACGGAUUAUUACCGGAAAGGAGGGAAGGGGCUUCUCCCAGUCCGCUGGAUGUCACCAGAAUCCCUGAAGGACGGAGUUUUCACCACACACUCCGACGUCUGGUCAUUUGGCGUGGUGCUGUGGGAGAUCGCUACCCUGGCUGAGCAGCCCUACCAAGGCAUGUCCAACGAGCAGGUGCUGCGCUUUGUGAUGGAAGGGGGCUUACUGGAGCGGCCAGAGUCCUGUCCCGACAGCUUGUUCGAGCUGAUGCGCAUGUGUUGGCAGUACAACCCCAAGAUGCGGCCCUCCUUCAUGGAAAUCAUCCAAAGCAUCAAGGGCGACCUGGACCCCUCCUUCAAAGAGGUCGCCUACUUCUACAGCGAGGAGUGCAAGAAUCGCGACAUGGAGGAGUUUGAGAUCGAGGCGGACAACAUGGAGAGCGUCCCCCUCGACCCCUCCUCCACCCUGCAACACACUGACAAACACUCAGGCCACAAGGUGGAGAAUGGACCCGGCAUUGUCCUGCGAGCCAGCUUCGAUGAACGGCAGCCAUACACUCACAUGAACGGGGGCAGGAAGAAUGAGAAGGUGUUGCCUUUGCCCCAGUCAACAACCUGCUGAUCCCCUGGACAUACACACGCAUACACACACAUGCACACACAGACACACAGACACAUGCACGCACAAAUAUGCAGAUGCAUACACAGACACACUGGCAUGCACCCAUGCAGAGAGAUGUACACACAUGCAGACAGGAACACACACACACACUACUGUAUCUCAGUAGAUCUCAAACUGCCAUUGCUGCACAGUGGGGAGGACUUGUUUCAGUCACCACAAUAAUAUUUCAUAUGCAAACAGUUUUCCUGGGAAAAAAACAAAAAAAAACUGACAGUGCUCAAAGCAGGCCUCAACAGCAGGCUCACCGAACUCAUGACGUGAGGUACUUAGUCCCAGGACCCUCACUGCAUAGUAAACAUAUCUGAAUUCUGAAGUCUGACAGAGGAGCGCUUCUGAGCAGAGGUGCUGCCCCAGCCCUUCGCUCCGAUCCUUGGCACGCCGCCACCAGGUCUUUCCACGUCUAUAUGGAUGCAUGUGUCGUGUCUGUAUAGCUGUUAAUGAACCAACCCUGGAGAUGAUCGUUGCUGGAGAGGCUACAGCACAGACUUCUCUUGUGGGCCCCGCCGUCUCCUGCAUUCAGUCUUCUCUCACCGCUGACAAAUGUUGCCAAAAUUUAAAAAAAAAGGAAUAGUUUUUAUUAAGAAAAUUGCAUUUUGACUCUUACAAAGGACGGGGUUAGAAGAGAAAAGUGUUUCACAGAGAGACACACACAUUCAGUUCGAGUGUGUGCACAAGCAUACCCGCUAAUACAUUCUCUCUCACGCACACACACAAGCACACACACACACACACCCGUCUCAUUGACCAAUCUGCCGCAUCUGUCUACACUGGGAUUAACUUAACGCUAAAACAGAAGCCUGAACGGCAGCAUUGGAGGAACAUCCUUGGAGGUGUUUCAGGGUCACAGGUGCAGUGGGACAGGGCCCAAUCCACUAGCCGACGAUGAGGCGAGUGGUAAGAGAAGAGGAUGGAGAAGGGCACGGCUUCUCGCAAGAGCAGCUGAGGUUAAAGAAACCAGCAACAGCAAAGAAGGACAAAAAGGAGCAGUUAAGUGCUAAGUAUUCUCUGAUGUGCUCAGUACUAUUACAGUAGAAUUAUAGUGAAUGGGUCUUGCAGUUCUAUGUUUGACCAUUAACCUUUGGAUACUCAUCGUGUCACUUUUAUAACUUUUAUGGUUUAUUAUCGACCUGUCUUUAAAGAAAAGCUGCUAUAAUUUUUUUUCCUUAACUCUGGGGAUAAAAUCAACUUUACAUUCAAGUCUUGACCCUUCCCUUCCUCUUACCCAGCCUCCCCUUUUAUUUUGUCUUUCCUUCAACCAACCUCUGGGCGCUUUGUACAAUGGUUAAAAUUGACUUUUAUUUCUUCUUGGUCUUGGCUCUGAACGUGUGGCUGCCUUGAGCUGCCACCUUCGUUUUUUUUGAGAGAAAUUAAUACAGAUGGGAAGAUGUUCCUUUGCGUUGUCGCGUCACCUUAGCUCAGCGCACGAAUACAAACUGUUCUCUUCCCUAAAGUGAUUACAGCAUAGCCUAGCAGAAAUGUUCCUUGAGAACUUCCGUCUAAAUCAGUACAGGGCGUGAUAAAAAUAUACUCAGGUCAAACAGUUUAAUACUAGUACGUGUCUUUCUCAGUGUUUCCUGUUAAUUUUUGUUCCUAUGUAGGAAAUUGUUUGCUCUUCACCAAAAAACCCAGGCCUUUUUUUUAAUAAAGAAAAACAAACUGGGUUAGAUAUCCUGACAGUUCAACUUUAAAUACAAUGGUGGUUUUAUUUUGGCUGCAUAUCUUUAACUCUUUCCUGUCCAGGGUUUUAUCUUUUGAUUUUCCGACUAUUACCAGAAAGGGGCUUGAGCAGACCAGAGGCUGUGACGGUUGUGUUGUCCAUUUAACUGACUCCACACUCUGAUGAUGACCUGACAUUGCAGAGUUGUCCUCGUCUUUUGGAGUUGUACAAUACACAGUGAUUGCUUUGUUCUCAUUGCGGCCCAUCAGAAAUAAUGGCUAUUAAUAAAAAAAAUCAGCUCGCCAAAUUGAAUAGCAUGCUGGUAAUAACCAGUCUGUUACUCAACACAUAUGGCGUCACCAAAAGUCAAAUAUCACGAGGCAGCAAACUCCAACCAUUGGGGAAGGUAGACUUUCAACUAAAAAGAAACACACACAGUUUGGCCAGCAGUUAAUUUACUUGUGGCUGGAUUGUAAGAGGAAAAUGCCUCAACAUUUUGUUUUAAUAUCAGAUCUUUUCAAGCUGUGGGUGAAGUUGUUUCCCAUUGCAAGGUGCCACCACUACGCUUUGGGCGUUGAGACAACACAACUAGCAGGCUUGGGUGGGGGGGUGGCAGCAUUGCACUUCCUUCUUUAUACCCUGUUGUGACUUGCUCCGCAUUGUCCCCUCUCUCAGGAGGAUGGUGGGGAGGGGGGGUGGAGCUGGAGAGGCACUUACUUGAACCUCUGCCAAGUUUAAAAGGUUUGACUUUGGGUUUCCGGGGGUGGCACCUGUCUGCGGGGUUGGUUAGUGCCCAGUUUUGCCCUAAUGCUGGCAAAAACAUACGAUUCCAAGGAGGCUUUUGUUCAAAGGACAAUCCCCACCUGGACUGGAAGGCAGUUAAGUACAGGAGCAAAAAAAUAUUCAAAUCAAUAAAGACUGAAAUUUGUGACCAGAUGUAACUUUAAAGUUUAUAGUGAGUUUUUUUUGCUUAUUCCUUUCCUAGAUUAGUUCUUGCUUCCUGUUUCCUGCUGUCCCAUUGCAUUAUUUUCAAUUUCUGUUAAUUAAAAAGGUAAUCUAUGUAGGAGUUUUUUUUAAUUUAUUUUGUAAUAUCAGUUAAAAUCACUGUAAAAUGGCCUGAAUUCAAAUCAGUACUGAUUGAAGAGUUGUAUUUUAAAUGUUACCUGACAGGGGGACAGUUUUUUUUGUUGAUGUUUUUAAGCAUUUAUCUACCUCUUAUUUUUUUAUAUAUAUUAUAUUAUAUAUAAAAUACAUCUCGCAUUCAGCAAUCUGAGAGACAGUACAGUAUCCGGAAAACCUCAAUAAUUCACAAACCACAUCACACUAAAGACUUCUUGGAGAAGGACUGGUUGGUGGAUUUACAGAGGUCACCAGCUCGGUGGGGAAGGGGAAAGGCUGAAGGUUGAGACGCUGCAAUUAAUCACUACAAAUGCAAGCUGGCAUCAAGGAUGAACUCCCAACAGUUGGCCAGACCUGUCACAUCUGUCACGCACGUGUUGUCUUAUCAACUAUUGCAGGUAUCCAUGGCAACUCCUCUAUCACUUCAUAUUUUCACACUGGCUCUUGGCAACCCCCUCCCCCACAGCAAGUGCCAAUGUUCUAGUUGGCUUAUUUUGGUUCAGUUUGUGCCCUUCAGUGUUCCUACCCUCUGGCCGUUUCCAAGUUGGCAGCUGGAUGCCAUCACAUCUGGUUACCUGCCUGGGGUGGCUGAGUCAAGCUCGUUCUUCUGUGGUGGCCUGGGGAGGUGUUGGACAGGUGGACCUCCUGUCCCUGGGGACAGAAGCCUCUCUGGGCUACUAUAGGCCCCACGGCCAAAUUCAGUAAAUCCAGGUAACAUGGCUGAGUUAGUUUGUCCCCGCUUUUUAAUCGAGGUGCAGGUGGCACUGGGUGUCACUGGAGAACCCAAUGGGCGAUCAGUCUGAAGCCAGCUGAUCUGGGAUGAAGGUAGUGUCAGACUGGCCAUGUUAGCUUCCCCCUCGUGGCCAGUUAGCAAAGGCAGGGAUGCCCCAGGGUUUGGGCAACGUGCCCACUACUCCCUUUCCCAGCCAGGGCCCAGUUCAGUGCACAGUGGAGUGUCUCCCACCUCGGUGUGCCGAACUCACAAAAUGUCCCCAACACCCAGUGUAAACUGCCUCAUCCCCUACUGGAGGUUUGAAGCCAUUGGCUAGGUUAAGUACAGUGAGGCAGAAGCCGCAGCCUUCGUUGGCCAAGACCUGCUUUGUUGCCACACACCACCAAGGGGAGGAGCCCAUUGACUCUUUCCCUGGUUGCUGAGGGUAUCUUUCUGCCAAGUGUUACUGUACUGAGGUGUUGGGGGGAGCCUUUAGCCUCUGGGUGAGGGGAGUAGGGUCCAGGGUUGUGGUGUUGGGCAAGGCAUGUUGGACUGGUGGCCCCAGGAGCACCAAGGGAUGGAAGCUGCCCCGCUGCGGGUUGUGCUGGCUGUUGCGAGCUCCUUAGAGUUCAGUCAGCUCUCCUUGAGCCUCCACCACCCAGAACAACUGAACCUGCUCAGCUGUAAGAACGAGGCCAGACCCUCGGCCCUUGUGAAUCAAGAGAGAGCGUGUUUCACACGUUUCAGAUUACAGCACGUCAUCUCUUCCCUCACACUGGACAGAGCAGAGAGCCACAGCUUUAGAAUCUCCGAGCAUGGAAGUCAGAAAGACUCCAGCCAAUUGCCAGAUGGAGUUUGGUCACAGCUCGAAACCUCACCGCCAAGCGGGCAACCCUGCAGGGAGUGGGGAAUGGACAGACACCACCCUGGUUGUUGGGGCUGGAAUAAGCCUCAUUGGGGGGUGGUGGGGGGGCCAAAUCUUGCUGCCCAGGUUCAGGAAGAAGCAUCGAUCCACAGAUGAUACAGAUAUCCAGGAACCUUGGGUUCUCCUGCGCAAAACUUGAAGAACGAGAGUUUAGUGAGAAUCCGCCAGGCCACCAGUGGGUUGGAGAAGUCGGUGGCAGUCCCGGUGGAGUGCUGAACUCUGCCGUUGGAACUAUACAUUGAUCCCAGAAAUGGGGCAUUGACCAAAAGAGGGAGGGGUGAAACAGAACUCAAACAUUACAAUAACAAGUAAGGGAGCAAUAAUGUACAGCAGGACAACUGUGAGAGGAGGCUCAGUGGCAGAUGUCCAAAGCAAUCCUCGAUAAGGGCUCUUGCAGUUCUGUCCCCUUCCCUGGAUAUAGAAGUGUUUACCUGAUAGUUCAUGUGGUCCCGAUAGUUUGGCUUAAACUGCCAAGAUAAUUCCACUACAAGCAAAAUAUUGGAUUUGAUGCGGCCCUCUCUGAACAAGCUCUGCUCAGUUAACAUUCAUUCCUUCAGUUACUGAGGGUGCCCGGGUGGGCUGUUUGCUCGCUGUAGGGUGAGAUAUGGGCACCUUCAGUGCUGGCACAACACAGCUUGGUUACCCUUCCCUUGUGUGCUUGGGGCAGGGCCAGAGGGUGUGAGCAUGCAGCAACCCCUUUCCACAGCUCCCUGGUUGCCUCUCCUGGCGCUGCUCACUGACCAAGGGAAGAGUAGCGUUUGCCCUCAACUGUUUGCCCUCUUGGAAGUCCAUCCCUGCGAGGAAUGCCCCUCCAGUUGGUGCUCCAUUAGGGUGGGUGAAGAAGCUUGGAGCUUCUGGGACUCAUUGUCAAGGUGCUUGAACCAAACUGGGAAAGAGAGGAUUAAAUCCCCUCCCACUGGUGGGUGGUGAUGUAUAACUGGUGACCUCCUAAACUAGCAACCUUUCCCUUCACACUCGCACAUAUUAAUCACCACAACCGCAGACCCUCAGAUCACAGCUGGUUACGAAUGUUUGUUAAACUGUCUGAUUUACAAUAUCGUCAAUAGUUGAAAUCUUUAUUAGAGAGAGAAUUUUUUUUUAAAUCACUAACAACACUGUGGCCAUCUUAGCAAUUCUGUAGAGCACUUCAUUUCAAUACGGUUGUGUGAAUUAGGAAAUGGGUAUAUGGGCUUGUUGGUGGGGUCCAAGCUGUUUAAAGGGACUGUGUCCCACUUUAUUGGUUGUUCAAGUUGUCCAAUGUAUGUAUUUGGGGAUUAGCAAACCCUGAUUGUAGAAAAACUGAUUUUAGGGGUGGGGGGUCGUAAUCCAGAAUAAGAUCAGACAUGUAUAUUUCUAACAGGGACCCAUGUCUGGGAUGAAGUGUUACCUCAGUCUGUGUCCCUCAUUUGUCUGGUCCAUUCCAAUUGGUCAGACUACCCUUCUUCCUUCCAUAGACUCCCAGCCACCCUCCCUGCCAUCCUCAAAGGCUGCUGAUUCAUUCUGUUGGAGGGCCCAGUGUCAGCGCCCCAGAACACCUGUAGCUUGGCUGAGGAUUGAUAAUAUCCUUGGUAACGGUAUUACCGAGGGUAUUACGUGCUUGUUGGUAACAGCUCAAUGGAUUGCGAAUGGCUUUGCCCUUUUGGAAGGGCUAGAUAACUUCUACACUCCAAGUUGAAAGAGUUGAACGUCAGUCUCACUCUGCCUGAAUUUGAAGCGCAGGCAAGAAGUACGCUCCAAACGUUGGAAGUACCAGGUGGUUGUGUCAGCAUCUGAGCAAGGACAGGCAGGCAGAUGGCUCCCCAAGUCUCUUGCUUCACAGAGGCACCACCUUUCAUUGAAGGAUCCUCUCCUGUUAUUCCUGAGCAAAGAAAAGGCACAAGGGUUGAUUGACUAAUCGUGUUGGUCCCUGUGUGUUGGGGCGGUGGGGAGAAGUUUCCAUCGAGUUUCCAGCCUUCAGAUCAUGCCCCCAGAUUUGAUCCUGGGCCCAGAGGUUGGGUUGGUUAGGAGGGUGCACCAUGAGGGUGGAAAAGCUGUUCUGGGCAGGGAAGGGAAAGGGUGGGGGGUGUUCAACCACUGUUCUUGCUGCUGAUCCCCAUUCAGUCCCUUGACACUACACAUCACAUUGAAGCAAGAACAUGACGCCCAUGCAGUCAGGAACAGCCGACAACAUUCUCAAGCAAUGAGGGGCCUUUGCAAAGUUCUGCUCCCCAGAAUGAGGGAGUGCUGUCGGGAGUGGGUAAAACCAAAGGCAUUGGGUUCCUUGAUGUGCAAGACCCCAUCUUGUCAAUGCCACGCCCUGACCCAAAUAUAACUGCAGACCCAGGUUUCGGGUGAAGUGGCCAAUGUGUUAGCACCCUGACAAACUGGGGGUGUCACCUACUACCCAGGUGGGAAGAUGAUGGUCCUUGCAAACCCAGGACCCAGGAGGUGGACCUUGCUAGAGAGGUCAGAAUGCAGCAACAAUAGCGGUUGAAGCGGGGGAAGAGGACAAUACCCUGGGAAGGUGCAACAGUGAGCUGAAGACAUGGAAUAUUACCCAGUGCACAAACUUGAUGUCUAUUCCAAAAAUAUUUAUAGAAAGUCAAGGACAUUUCCCCCCUCUGAACUGCAAACCAGACCAAAUGUCCAAACACAGGCUGACAGUGUGUCCACGUUGAAGACUGGAAUGAGGGAACGUGGGGCUCCCCUCUGCGCACUGACCUGGUUUGGCCGACGGGAAACGUUCCUCUCUCGGCCUGAGUAAUCCCACCCCAGCCGACCCACAAUCCGACCACCGCCACCUUCAGUGGGACGAGGCCCCUAUGCAGGUUAUGACCCUAGCAGCUCAGCCAAUACCACCACUUUGUUGGUUUACAGAAUACUUAACGCAACAUAUGAGCGUUAGCUGAGGUUGAAGAAGAUCGUGGGAAGAUAUGUAGAGGGUUUUCUUUUCAUUAAUUUUUGUAAUGAAUUUAAGAUAUCUUAAAGUCAAUUAGCCCAAUCAAGAGAUACCUCAAGGUAAGUACCAGCAUGGUUGAGAAAACCAAUUCAUUUAGGCCAAAAAUGUUACUAGUAUUGUCCUAGGGUUUAAUAAUCAUGUUUCUAUAUAUAAAAAAUUUAGUCCUGAUGAUAUCCAGAGCUGAAGGUUGCUGUUGUGCUAGAACGAAAUGCCAUGGCUAAUCACUUUAGGGGCCUGUGAUUCGGCACUUGUUCAGUGCUGUGGUUGGUCCCUGAAACGACAUCAGUGAUUCUGUCCUUGCCUUCUCUCUUCCUUCGACCAAGGCUGAUUGCUUUCAGCCCAAGGGGGGAGACCAUCUGCACUGCAGACACUUUCACAAGCACCACUCCUGAUUGGCUGGUUUCUGGAACUGGGACAGAUUCCCUGUUUAAAUCUCCUCCCAUCUUAAGUAUUUCCCACAUACACAAUUCUGUGGUCUGGACUCUUGGCCUCAUUGGUGUCUGAGGGCGGUCUGAUCGCCAAGAGAUGAUCUCAAUAUCCCAUACUGUAAGUAGGAUUCCAAUGCCUUGUGCCUAGGGCUACUGUUGUUGGUGUUAAGCUGUAACAAGGAGAAUGGACUGGAUAACAUCGGCAUGUGCCAGUAAUGGACAAAGUGUGUCUGCUUUUCUCAUUCAUUUUAGCCAAUUUGGGACCUGUUGUGGUGUUAGGUGAAACAACAUUCUCUGAUCUGCUAAAAACUGGAGCAAAGCAAACCCUUCGGACUUCAUUGCUGUGUCUUUGGCAUUCUGAAUGGCAAGGUGCCCAAAGCCAUUGCACCCAGUCGUCUGACCAGCCCACCUGGACCUUUUACCUCGCAGAGCUGCCAAAAUGAAAAGUGCCUCUGGCGCUGAGGGACCACUGUCCUUUCCCUCUGCUCCCCUGGGCCAGCUGCAGGGGGAUCAGGGAGACCAGUGGUGACACCUGUUGGUGCUGCCCCAUAGCUGUGAGUUUAGACAGUUGUUGGAACCAAGGAACCUGGAGCUUUCCCAAUCCAGGACCUUCAGGAGUGACUGGGGGGCAAGGUGCAUCAAUUAUAGUUCGGGGGGCAAGGGUGUGGGGGAGUCCAUAUAUUUUUUAAAUUCAGCUUGUAAUGUCCCACAUUGAACAGUCUAAUGUUAGGUUCUGAGUGGAUCCUUCAAGCAUCUCCCUUCUUCUGUCAGGGGCUUCAGAUGUAGGCUUCUGUCUUGCUGAAGGUGUUGUCAUCCUUUGGGGAAGAAAGGGCGUGGACCCCAGGCCACACCCCAACUCCUGGCCAAUUGCCCAAAACCCUCAAGGCCAGUCAGUCUCGGAGUGGUGCAUGUGACAGUUGCUAAGGAACCAGGCUACCUGGGUUGACCUCCCCUCUGGAUUUAAGAGCUGGGACGGUGGGAGGUGACAGGUCAAGGAAGGGGAGGGGGUCUGUAAUGGUGUUUCUGCAAUGAGGAUCGCACCAUCAUAUCGGCUCUUCGUUGCUGUUUCUGACUUGCAAUGAACUGGUACAUCAGUGUGCAAACUGCAGAAACUUUCCCUUCUGGAAGAUUGGAGAGGAGAGAGGGAGGGAGCUUGCAACGUUCUGGUUGUAGAUGUUGACCAGAUGCCACUCAUUCCCAAUCUUCCAUGAGGAAUGUGCCCAGGACCACUUUGGGUUUUGGACAUUCAGUGAGAUGCUCUGGGACAGUGAGUUACUGAACUUUUAUAGUGGGGACCUCUCCCCGAGUAAAGGCAAAGUUGGGACCUGGUUUUGUGAAGGUAGAUGGUGACUGUUGAUUGCUGGUGUGUUCUGGGGAAUUUUUUGUUCAAUGCACAGAUCUGUUCUUGAAUUAAACGAGGAAGGACUUUUUUUUUCUGAAGCAUCUUGGAGCACCUUUAUGGGAAUGUAAGGGAUUUAUAAAUGAAGUGUAUCCGGACCAGGAACGAUUGGCAUACAGAAAUGGCUAAGAAAGAGUUGCUAUUAGCUGUUGUCUCUGUUUAAGUUAAAUGUCCUGAUAAAGGCACUUAUUUACUGCACAACCAGUUCCAAAAGAAAACAGUCAAAUUCAGUCAUCUGGAGGCUAUCAUUGGGGCACACAGGUCCAUCAGAUUCUGGCCCAUUCUCGAGGCAUCGAGAGGGACAGAGAGAUGGCCCUGAUUCCUGCUGUGUAUCUACAGUCUGGUGUCCAGAUCCUCAUCCCCUCAUAGAGUAAAUGUUUAAAAACCCUCAUUGUACAGUGUGUUGUGGACGCUAAUAGAUCAGAGAUCUACCUCCUGCAGGGGAAAGAGAACACUAGAUGACAUACUGCAAGAUUGGCUGUCCCUUCCCCCACCCACGUUGCUUAUUAAAUUCUUUUUUUUUAAUAAUUAAGCAGUAAAGAUGGCCAAUUUGUUAAAUAAAAGACUUGCUGCGUGUAAAUGAUUCAUACGAUUCCUGUGUUUAUAUGGAGAUUUGAUUCAUUGGUUUAAGAAAAAUUCAAAUGUUUUGUAUAUUCUGUUGUAAGAAUUUCCUCCUGUUAUUUCGAUAUAUUAUGGAAUCUUUUCAUUCGAGAGGAAAAAAAGAAAAAACUUGUCUAUUUUGACCGGCUAAAGCUAAAGCAAUUCUAGGUUCUUCUUACUUGGCUUUUUUCUAGUAGUUACAGUACAAGAUU